AAGAUGAAACGAAGUCGCCAAAUUCCCACUGAAACCGAAUUUUCCCAGAAAAAAUCCUGCCAUGAUUGCACAGAACUGAAAACAUAUAUAGAUAAUAUGUUCAAACAACAAACAGAAAUAUUAAAGGAGCAAAAUAAAAAAAUAAUGGAAGCAUUAGCAGCACAAAAUGUCCUUACCAAAAUUCUAGUAAAGCAGGAUGAAACAUCCAAUAUGCUUUCAAACCUGUUUCCAAUAAAUUCAGAAAAAAAUUUAAAUGAAAUUGAAAAUCAAAUUAAUGAGAAUAAUAAACAUUUAUAUGUGACAACAAUAAAGAACCUUAUAAGAAAAAAUAUUGUGAAAAAUAUAGGCUUAAUCAUUUCUGAAGAACUUUUAUACACAUAUAAUGUAGAUGGGACUCAUGGAAAAAAAAGGUUGAAGAAUUUCGAAAACAUAUACAAUGCAAUAAAAGAUGCAGUAGGAGCUAACCCAGAAAUAGAUGACAUCGAGGGAAGAAUUAGAAGAGCACUUAAUCUUACAAAAAAGCGACAUUUAAAAAAAUUUUAA